AUGAACCAUUUCUUACGCGCAACACGAAAACACUUUUUUCGUGUGAGCGUUAAUUUCUUGCAUAGUCGAAGACGUUAUUUUUCCACAGAAAGGGACCUGGCUUUGCCCACAAAAACGAUUAAAAGUAUAUUGGAAAGUCUAGCAAUCAACAAUGAAGUUGAAGUACACGGUUGGAUACGUUCCAUUCGUACUCAGAAAAACGUGUCAUUCGCUAACGUCAACGACGGUUCUAGUCUAAAGGGCUUGCAAGUUGUACUUACAAACGAUGAAGCUAAAAAGCUGACGACGGGAGCAUGUGUAAAAAUGCGAGGAAUCCUAGCUAAGAGUCCGGGAGACGGACAAAGUAAGGAGUUGCAAGCACAUUAUGUUGAGAUAUUGGGAGAAUGCGAUUCCACCUACCCCUUACAAAAGAAAUAUCACUCGAUGGAAUUUCUUCGGGAUAACUCACAUUUGAGGCCACGGUCCAACACCUUUGGAGCCAUUGUGAGGAUCAGGAAUACAGCGGUCUUGGGUUUUCAGAAUUUUUUCCAGAAAAAUGAAUUUUUUCAAAUUCACACGCCAAUAAUAACAAGUUCGGAUUGCGAAGGUGGUGGAGAGGUGUUUAAAAUAUCUGCUAACAGACCAAAAGAGACAACGGAAAACUUUACGCGGAAGGAAGAUUUUUUUGAAAUGCCUGUAUAUUUGACUGUUUCGGGACAACUUCACGCCGAGAUGCUAGCCUGCGCGAUGUCGCGAGUUUUUACUUUCGGUCCAGUAUUUCGUGCGGAGGGUUCUCUCACUUCGAGACACUUGGCAGAAUUCUGGAUGUUGGAAGCCGAAAUUGCCUGUCUGUUCAAAUUGGAAGAAUUGUUAUAUUUCACCGAGAGGUGCAUCAGAGAAACAACGAGAUACAUUUUGGAUGGUUGCACACAAGACAUAGAAUUUUUUGACCAACGUAUGAACAAGGAACUUAUCGCUCGUUUAGAAAAUACAACAAACAAUCCAUUCUCCUGUUUAAGUUAUUCGGAAGCUAUUGACAUCCUUUCAAAGGCAAAUCAAAAAUUUGAACAUACACCUAAGUACGGAUGUUCUCUGUAUAGUGAACACGAAAAGUAUUUGGCAACUGAUUAUUGCCGUGGGCCAGUGUUUAUUACAGAUUACCCUCGAGAAAUAAAACCAUUUUACAUGCGUGUCAACUCGGAUGGUGAAACGGCAGCUUGUACUGAUUUACUUGUGCCAGACAUUGGAGAGUUGGUUGGCGGAAGCCUUAGAGAAGAACGUUAUGAUAUACUAGAGCAAAAUUUGAAAGAAUCCAACAUGAUCCAAGAGAAUUAUCAGUGGUACUUGGAUUUGCGAAAAUACGGAACUGUCCCUCAUGGCGGAUUUGGAGUUGGAUUCGAAAGAUAUUUACAAUAUUUGACUGGUGUGGAGAAUAUUCGUGACGUGAUACCAUUCCCUAGAGCUGCCUCUUAUUGCAAGUAUUAG